AUGUCUUAUCCUAUUCCUGCUUCAAUAUCUCCAACUGAUAUUCCUGUUGCUGCAGAAGCUGCAGCACAAGCCAUAAUCAUGAAUAUAAUGAGAUCUUCUCAAUCUCAACAAGGAGAAGAGGAAGAAAAAGGAAAGACUUCAUGUUUUGAAGGAUCUAAUUCAGGUUAUGGACAGCAGCAACAAUAUAUUGUUGAAGAUGAGUUGUUGAAUAUGCCAAAUUUGUUAGAUGAUUUUACUAGAGGAAUGCAGGUUUGUCCACCAAGGAUGACUUCAUUUUCUAAUUAUUCUGAUCAUGAUAAUUUACCCUCAAAUUCUGAUGGUGGAGGAGGAGAUAAUCUUUGGAGUUACACAUUUUGA